CUUAAUUCUCUCAGUGAAAUUUGUCCCAUUUUGAACGCAAGAGCAGCUACGAAGAGAAAGGCGACAGGAUGUUCUCCAAACUGCAGAAAUUUCAGUCCAGUUUAACAAUUGGAAAACGACUGUACCAUAAAAUUUCUCGCGAAGCUUUCGAGGCGCCGGAUUUGAAAGAGACGGUGACGAGCAGUUUUGGCUCAUUUAUCUCAGGAGUGGAUGUUGAUCAUCUCUCGCAGACGGUUUUACAGAGGAGCAAACGCAUGAUCCUGGACAACAUUGGAGUCGGAAUCCUGGGCAGUACCAGCCCAGUGUUUGAUAUUUGCCUCAAUUACUGCCAGCAAAUGUACGCUCAAGACCCAGUCAGCUCAGUGUACGGACGCAAGGAUCUUAGACUUUCUCCGACUCUGGCAGCUUUCGCCAAUGGGGUCGCGGCGCAUUCAAUGGAUUUCGAUGAUACCUGGCACCCUGCCACACACCCGUCUGGUGCUGUACUUCCCGCCCUCCUGGCUGCCGUUCAAAUGUUACCUACAAACUCCAAACCCACUGGACUCGACUUUCUCUUGGCCUUUAAUGUGGGCGUUGAAAUUCAGGGCAGGCUAAUGCACUUCUCUCAAGAGGCGAGCAACAUCCCUAAGAGAUUUCACCCUCCCAGUGUGGUUGGGACAAUGGGCAGUGCUGCAGCGAUAGCCAAAUUCCUUUCACUUAAUGCCAAUCAAUGUGUUAAUGCCCUAGCUAUUGCAGCUUCACUCUCAGGGGCACCAAUGGCCAAUGCAGCCACUCAGGCAAAACCCAUCCAUAUUGGCAAUGCCACCCGACUGGGCUUUGAGGCAGCACUUCUUGCUUCUAAAGGAAUGGAGGGAAAUGUGAAAAUUCUAGACAAGACUCUUGGCUGCUUUGGAUUUUCUGCCUUUUAUGGUGACUAUGAACCUCAGAAGAUUGCUCCACUUGAACAGACACGAUUUCUGCUUGAGGACCAAGAUAUUGCAUUCAAGCGCUUCCCUGCUCAUUUGGGUAUGCACUGGAUAGUAGAUGCUGCUCUCUCAGUUAGGCAAUUGGCAACGGAAAAUGAUGGUGCCUUUUCACCCUCUAUGAUUGACAGAAUAAUUCUGCGUGUCCCUGUUUCCCGUUACAUCAACAGACCAUUCCCAGAAACAGAACAUGAGGCUCGCCAUUCCUUCCAGUUUAAUGCCUGCUCUGCAUUGUUGGAUGGUGAAGUGAACAUUGAAUCAUUCAGAGAAAGUAAACUCCAGCGAGAUAAUCUCAAUGAGUUACUUGACAAAGUGGAGCUUCAACAUCCUGAAGAUAAUGUGGCCAGUUUUGAGAAGAUGUACGGAGAAGUAGUUCUCAUUCUGAGGAACAGAGAUGUGCUCAGGGGAAAAUGUGACACAUUCUAUGGACACUGGAGAAACCCACUGUCCAGAGAAUCACUACUUGACAAAUUCGAAAGUAAUGCUUCUUAUGUAUUGGGACAGGACAAAAUAGAAGCUAUCAUCAACACAGUUGAGAAUCUUGAAGGAGUGAGGGAUAGUUCCACAUUAACCUCUUACUUGCAGUGAAAAUUUUCAAGUUCCUUGUGAACUCAUGUUUAAAUGUGAUUUAACAAAUUGA